GAGGGUCUCGAAGCCGCGCGGGUAGCGGGUGCCAUGGCGGCGGAGGAGCUCGGUAAGUACAUCGAGGAGGGCCCGGCCGGAAUCUCCGUGCUCUGCUUCCUAGGUGGGCUAGCGACCACAAUCAUCGGUAUCUUGGGCCUGCUGAACUUCGGCUAUGGCCUGACCUCUCCUUUUGCCUAUGUCCUGAACGCUUACCUGGUGGCUUUUGGAAUUGUUACAUUCCUCCUGGAGGCCGACGUAGAGAGCAUGCGGAAGCUCAAGUUCAUUGGUCGGUUCUCCCCAUGGGUGGAAGGUUACCAGAUGGAAGUUUUCAACCGUGCGAACUUCCUCACAGAGCUUCGAGGGCGAGGUUUCUUUUACCUGUUCAUCGGUACACUCGCUGUGACACAGUGCUUUGUCUGCCUGACCUUCGUGGCCGGCCUGUGGAACAUGCUGAUGGGCAUCCUUUGCCUGCUGAUGAGCUUCGGGAUCAACCCCGCAUCGCAUCUUCAAGGAGCCCAAGCACCGCUGACGGCGGGGCCAUAG